AAAGAAAAUAGAAAGGAAGGGGAAAGAAAAAUCGGAGUGGAGGGUACGCUAUGAAGGUGGCAUGCGUUUGACGAGGAUUGUGUCCGAGACCGCCGAGACAUUUUGAACAUCUUUUCAUCGGCGCGAUGUCGAAAGCGAUGGCGAGCUCGUUGAUGGACCUGGUGCAAGAGCAUCAAGAUGCGCAGGCCAAGGCAGCGCGGAACCCGCCGAACUUCUGGGACCCCAUCUCGUACGAAUUUGAGGAGCCCACUCCGCAGUGUCUUCUCAGGGCUAAACGGGACAUCAUGGACAUCUAUACCCAGCCUCCCCCUGGAGUUUUCAUAGCACCAGAGGAAAACAACAUCACCAAGAUCCAUGCACUGGUGCUGGGCCCCUUCGACACUCCGUACGAGGGUGGCUUUUUCCACUUCAUCAUGAAGUGUCCACCAGACUACCCGAUUCAGCCGCCGCGGGUUCGGCUCAUGACCACAGAUGGAGGCAGGGUGCGCUUCAAUCCGAACCUCUACAACAACGGCAAAGUGUGCCUCAGUAUCCUGGGAACGUGGGUUGGACCGGCUUGGAGCCCUGCACAGUGCAUAGCAAGUGUGCUGGUCUCCAUUCAGUCACUGAUGACUGAGAACCCCUACUACAACGAGCCUGGCUAUGAAUCAUGGCCAGGCGAGGCAGCUCGAUACAACACCAUCAUACAGCACGAGACAAUCCGGGUGGCUGUCUGCAACACUGUUGAAGCCUGCCUCCAGGGCAACUCCCCGUGCCCAGCACCUCUGAGGGAAGUGAUCUUGAAGUCUUUUCCCGACUUCUACAACACAUAUGAGAAUGUGGUGAAGAGCCAUCUCCACUUGUCCGGUUCCCCCAUGAACGAUCCAUUUGGCGACAAGAGAGGCGUGUACCAGUUCUCAACGCUGCUCACACGGCUGCAGAGCUUAAACGAGCAGAUCAAGAAGAAAAACGAAGCUGCCAACAAGAAGGAAAAGAAGGAAAAAAAGGAGAAGUGAUUGCUUCGUGUUUGGCCCUUGCUGCUUUGAGUUGUUGGAGGACAGACUUUGUACCUUUUUUUUUUCAGCCUCUGUGGCCAAGAUCGGAGGCCUGUUUUACUUCUCUUUUCUUUCCGUUCCCAGGCGAGUAAAAGCUUUACAUUUAAUGGCUCUGUAAUGUGGCCAUCAAAGACAACGUACACAGUUGUUCAUUUGUACUGCUCGUGAUAUUUCUGUACACAGUGUGGCCACCUCUGUAAUAGUGUGAAACGUUGUGCUAGUCUGUUGGAUUUUUUUAAAAUUAUUGUUAUCAAAGGGUGAUAUCGGGUAGAGUAAGGGCGUCGAAUGGUGCAGUUCCACACUGUCGCGCAGUAAAUGCAGCGAACAUUCUGCAGUGCGUUGAGAGCAUCCACCAAGAUGCUCAGAAACAGUGAGCUAACCGACCCUCUCUUCCACUGUGCCGUUUUGUGUUUGUAGUGGGGCCUUUUGUGUUUAGCUUCUGCCGCAGUUAGGUACAAUUUGCUAUGUUUCGUGAACGUUUGUACCAAGGCAGGAACAAUAUAGUUUCUUUCCAAAGGGACUUCAGUCCCUCUGCUGAAUGAUGGACCAUUUUUCUGCAUACAGUUUCCCUUACUUUUUUU